CACGCUGCCGCCGCUCCCCGACACUACUCUGCUUCCCUCCUCUCCUCUCUCUCUCUCUCUCUCUCUCUCUCUCUCUCUCUCUCUCAUGGCGGACUCCUCGAGCCGCGGGGAGAAACCCUAAUGGAGAGCCGGCGGCGCAGCCACGCCCCCGCGCCGUAGCCUCGACGCAGCGACCUCCGUCGGAAGGACAACGCCGGCGCUUGCCGAUCCGGUGGGAAAGGUGGGGGGAGUCUCGCCUGGCGGGGAGGCGCCCGCCAUGGGGAGCGAUCUGAAGGAGAUGAAGUACAGGCGGAGGAUUGGGGUGGAGGAGCGCCCGCAAUGCAGCGACCCGAGGGGCGGCGCGGACUGGGCCGCGCUGCAGCAGGACCCCGUCGAGCUGCUGCGCAAGCUGGACGAGCUGAGGGACCAGAUCACGCGCUCAUGCCACGUCGUCGGCCAGCCGCGGGAGCACCGCAGGGUCAGCCGCCGCGCGGUCUCCAUGCUCCCUGAACACCUUGAGCCGCCACCUCAGCCGGGGUACCACCGCUCCCGCUAUGGUGGCCGGUAUGGGCACGGCUUGCCACCACCCAGCCCAUACGCCCCGCAGCGCCCUGAACAUGGGGAGAGGUAUGUGAGGCAGUCUAGUGGGCAUUACCGCCAGUACCCUGGGAGGCAGUGGGAGAACGGUGGGAUGGCGCCUGGGAGCUACCAUCACUAUGGGUGUGCUUGUCCGCACUGUCUGCACGGGCAGAGGGCUGCGCCGCAAGAGGAGAACAUCCCAAUGGCGAGAUACUUUGCUGGGCAGCAUGAAUCAUACCGGUUUGAGAGGUCACCAUCUGUUUCGUCUGAUUAUGAUCGGAGGUCCGUGGCGUCAUCACUUUACUCUCAUCGGACGGUAUUGAAGAGGAGGGCAGAGUUCUUCAGGAAGAAGGCAGAACAUAUCUGUCGUCCAGUGGAUGGCGCUGCACCUUUUGCCGUGUGCAGUUCAUGUUAUAAGCUACUGCAGAUGCCUGUGGAAAAAUGCAUAGGGAGGAAGAAGAAUCGGUUUCAAUGUGGGUCUUGUUGUCAGAUAAUCAGUUUGAAGCAUGAUGAAGGAAAAGGAAUUCCCUUGACACCAUCAUCAUCCUUAUAUGUGCCUGAAAUGGAGCAGAGCUCAAAUGAUCAGAUGAUGAAAGAUUCCACUCAUCAGCGCCAAGAAGAUUUCAAUUCCGUGUUCUACAAUGCAAACGAGCAUAGCAGCAUGCAGUUCAACAUGGAUUUUGCUGAUGAUAAUUCACUUUCUUCUACCACCAGUCAUGGCAGGACUGACAAAGAAUAUGGGUCAAACAGGAGCAUCCAGUCAAAAGCAGAGGGUCUCUCUUUCUCUCCAAGCAGGUCUCUGGAUGCUGGUAGCCCAAAGGAUAUAUUGUGUGAAAGAGAUGCAGGCUGUGAGGCAGAGCCUUCAGUAGAUGGUUCAGUUACCCCACGAUCUCCAGUUUUAGAGGACAAACUUGUUGACCCAUUGUGCACCCAAGAAAAAGGUAACAAUGAGGAUGCAAUGGCUUACAGAUCAGACAUAACUUGCAAAGGAGAAUAUGAUGUUAAUGAUGACUAUGAUGAGAGCGUUAGUACAAGAAGCAAACAAAAGGGCAAUGAUGAUGACAAAGAUGCUACUGAAGAUGAAAGCUCACGCAGCAGUUACGAACAGAAAGACAAGGAAGAUAACUGUUGCAACCUUGAAGGUGGUAACAAAAUGCACAAGCAGAAUAGUGUGAAAGAUGACAGUAGUAGCCUUGAAGAUGGAAGUGAAAAGUAUGAGUAUACAAACAUUAAAGAUGACAAUAGCAGCCCUGGAGGAAGUGAGGACAGCAGUAAAUAUGAGCCAAAGGCCAAAGGAGAUGAAAAAUGCGUUCUUGGAUCUGAAAACAUUAGCAACAACUGUGAUGAAGACAACAAAGACAAUGCCAUCGAAGCUGGAAGCACAAGUGAGAGACAUGACGAGCUGAAAACGGAAGAAGAUUAUGGGAAAUUGCAGAGGCCAUUUACUGAAGAUGCCAAUUCCCCAGCAGAGAGUGGCUCAUCAGUUAAUGGGCGCACAAAUUCUGGGUUUUCUCGGGGUUCAUCAGAGGCUGGGUUAGAUGAAGAUCAGUCCUCAACUGGUAAGAGUGGGGACUCAUCAUUUUUUGCUGGUUUCUUGAAGAAAGGCUUCAAGGACCUGUCUUUAUUAAAUAAGUCCAUGGACAGUGCUAAGGUUUCAAUUAAUGGUCAUCCAAUCUCUGAAAGAGCCCUUAAGAAGGCAGAAAAGAAAGCAGGUCCUGUUGACCCUGGUUCGUAUUGGUACGACUACCGUGCUGGUUUUUGGGGUGUCAUGGGCAGAGAAUGUAUUGGCAUUAUCCCUCCAUUUAUUAGAGAAUUCAAUUAUCCGAUGGCCAGAAAUUGUGCCGGUGGGGAUACUGGUGUUUUCGUCAAUGGCAGGGAGCUUCAUCAGAGGGAUUUAGAUUUGCUUGUGGGAAGAGGACUGCCGCGGAUAUCUGGAAAGUCAUAUUCUAUUGAGGUAUCUGGAGAUAUAACUGAUGAAGCAACUGGAAAAAAGCUACGCAGUCUUGGAAAACUUGCUCCCACGAUUGAGAAGUUGAAGCGUGGUUUUGGCAUGCACGUCCCUGAAGAGUUUAGAUAGCUGGCUCUUGUACAGCAUCUUGGUUUUGCUCAUAAUGCACUCUUCAAAGCUGACCAUGGGUGGCCAAAUCUGUGAUAUCUUGUGAUAUUAAAUCUCAGAUUUCUCCAAGUUGUUGGACUGGAGCUCUACAAGUAGUACUUAAAUCCUGGGUUUCCUGAACAUGAUGCUACUCAAGAAGCCAGGAUCAUGUGGUUAAGUGACUUACUACCAAUAAUCUCCGUCCUGCUAAUUCCAUUCCUUUGAUGGAAGGAAGUUUGCUAGUGACUCAGUCUAUCAGGCAGCUCUAACUUCACUGCUCUGCCUGUACAUGCUAUUCUUUAUCUGUGUUAUCAUUGUCGGUACAUUGCCCGCCCGCCCCAUCACAGGCACAGAAGCGCAUAUUUAGAUGUAUGAGCAAUUAUCGGCUUGUAAUAUAUUGGUAGAGCUAUGCUUCCCCUAACAUAUAUAUGUAUAUAUUGGCUCUUGAUUCUUGAGACUCCUUGCCGAUAUGAUGGCAUUCCCCUCC